CUUGUCCCCAGGCCACGGCAGUUGGAAUCUGUUGGAGGGCGGUUGGUCAGCCCUCGGCCUGAGGGAGCUGGGCAGCCGGAGCCUCCGCCGCUGUGUCUGCUUGGACUCCGGGUGGAGAGGAGGCUGUCUGAGGACUCGCGAGCAAGUCCCUGGGUCCAGGACAGCCCGCAGGCCGGAUGCCAGCCCCGGGGGUCAGGCUGCCCGAGAGGCCGGGCCGGCCGGAGGGGCCAGCUUAGCAGCACUGUGCUGUGGACCGGAGAAGCCCUCCUGCUUCCUUCUGCCCGUGAUCCCCGGCAGCUAAUGACUUCCUGUGGGAUGGCAAGAUGGUAUGAUUUGACAGAUGAAAAAGUGAAGGCCUAUCUUUCUCUCCACCCUCAGGUAUUAGAUGAAUUUGUGUCUGAAAGCGUUAGUGCAGAGACUGUAGAAAAAUGGCUGAAGCGGAAAAACAAGAAAUCAGAAGAUGAAUCAGCUCCUAAGGAAGUCAGCAGGUAUCAAGAUACAAAUAUGCAAGGAGUUGUGUAUGAACUAAACAGCUAUAUAGAACAACGGCUGGAUACAGGAGGGGACAACCAGCUACUCCUCUAUGAAUUGAGUAGCAUCAUCAAAAUUGCCACAAAAGCUGAUGGAUUUGCACUGUAUUUCCUUGGAGAGUGCAAUAACAGCCUUUGUGUGUUUAUCCCGCCUGGAAUCAAGGAAGGAAAACCCAAGCUCAUCCCCGCGGGUCCCAUCGCCCAGGGCACCACCACCUCCGCCUACGUGGCCAAGUCCAGAAAAACGUUGCUGGUGGAAGACAUCCUCGGGGAUGAACGGUUUCCAAGAGGUACUGGGCUGGAGUCAGGGACGCGAAUCCAGUCUGUGCUGUGCUUGCCGAUCGUCACUGCGAUCGGGGACUUGAUUGGCAUCCUGGAGCUCUAUCGGCACUGGGGCAAAGAAGCCUUCCGUCUGAGUCACCAGGAGGUUGCAACAGCGAAUCUCGCCUGGGCUUCAGUAGCGAUACAUCAAGUGCAGGUAUGCAGAGGUCUUGCCAAACAGACUGAACUGAAUGACUUUCUACUCGACGUAUCAAAAACAUAUUUUGAUAACAUAGUUGCAAUAGAUUCUCUACUUGAACACAUAAUGAUAUAUGCAAAAAACCUGGUGAAUGCCGACCGUUGUGCCCUUUUCCAGGUAGACCAUAAGAACCAGGAGUUAUAUUCAGACCUUUUUGAUAUUGGAGAGGAAAAGGAAGGGAAGCCCGUCUUCAAGAAGACCAAGGAGAUCAGGUUUUCAAUCGAGAAGGGAAUUGCUGGCCAAGUAGCAAGAACCGGGGAAGUUCUGAACAUUCCGGAUGCCUACGCAGACCCGCGCUUUAACAGAGAGGUGGACUUGUACACGGGCUACACCACCCGGAACAUCCUGUGCAUGCCGAUCGUCAGCCGGGGCAGCGUCAUCGGCGUGGUGCAGAUGGUCAACAAGCUCAGCGGCAGCGCCUUCUCCAAGACGGACGAGAACAACUUCAAGAUGUUUGCUGUCUUCUGUGCUUUAGCCUUACACUGUGCCAAUAUGUACCACAGGAUCCGGCACUCGGAGUGCAUCUACAGGGUCACCAUGGAGAAGCUGUCCUACCACAGCAUCUGCACCGCGGAGGAGUGGCAAGGCCUCAUGCACUUCAGCCUGCCCGGCCGGCUGUGCAAAGAGAUCGAGCUGUUCCACUUUGACGUCGGCCCCUUUGAAAACAUGUGGCCUGGAAUUUUCGUGUACAUGAUCCACCGAUCCUGUGGGACAGCCUGCUUCGAGCUGGAGAAGCUGUGUCGUUUCAUCAUGUCCGUGAAGAAGAACUACCGCCGGGUCCCUUACCACAACUGGAAGCACGCGGUGACAGUGGCGCACUGCAUGUACGCCAUCCUGCAGAACAACCACGGGCUCUUCACUGACCUCGAGCGCAAAGGCCUGCUCAUCGCGUGUCUGUGCCAUGACCUGGACCACCGCGGCUUCAGCAACAGCUACCUGCAGAAGUUCGACCACCCGCUGGCCGCACUCUACUCCACGUCCACCAUGGAGCAACACCACUUCUCCCAGACCGUGUCCAUCCUGCAGUUGGAAGGGCACAACAUCUUCUCCACCCUGAGCUCCAGCGAAUACGAGCAGGUACUUGAGAUCAUCCGCAAAGCCAUCAUCGCCACAGACCUCGCUCUGUACUUCGGGAACCGGAAGCAGCUGGAGGAGAUGUACCAGACCGGAUCGCUGAACCUUAAUAACCAGUCACAUAGAGACCGUGUCAUCGGUUUGAUGAUGACCGCCUGUGAUCUUUGUUCUGUGACAAAGCUGUGGCCAGUGACGAGACUGACGGCCAACGACAUAUAUGCAGAAUUCUGGGCGGAGGGCGAUGAAAUGAAGAAGCUGGGGAUACAGCCCAUUCCCAUGAUGGACAGAGACAAGAAGGACGAGGUCCCACAAGGCCAGCUGGGGUUCUACAAUGCCGUGGCCAUUCCCUGCUACACCACCCUCACCCAGAUCUUCCCCGCCACGGAGCCACUCCUGAAGGCGUGCAGGAAUAACCUGAGCCAGUGGGAGAAGGUGAUCCGGGGCGAGGAGAGCGCCCUGGGGAUCCUGGACACGCCAGAGGCCCAGGAGUCCUCGGAGAAGCUGCCCGUGAAGACCGAUGACUGAUGGUCCCCAGCGGGCCGUCCCACCUGGAGAUGCUCAUCCUGCUUCUUUGACUUUUCUUCCUUUUAUUUUCGGGGGGAACCUACACCUGUUAACUGGGAUGCAGAGCUCUUCAAGAAGGACCACCAAGUGAACACGUCCAGCAGAAGGCUCCCUGCCACGUCCUCGACGGUGAUCGGCCAGGCCUGGAGACGCGCUCCCCAGAGACGCCUGUUGACUUGUGACCUGGCCUUUUUUGAUGGGCUGCUAGGCAGAGGCCCUAAUGGAGACGGACGCUUAGAAGGGGGUACUUUUCCCACUGUGUCUUUCUAGUGAGGGUUGAAACGGUACUAUGAUGAGACUGCACUUCGGCUUCCACACCAGUGUUGCUUUCAUGUUGUUGGCUAUAAAUAGGAGCUUUGACACGUUGCACUUGUGGAUGUUCGUGUGUGACCUGGUUGUCGUUAGCAUGGAUCGUGGCAGGCAGCCUCAGCCCGUGGCAUCAAGCUGACAGAGCAAGAAGCGUCUUUCUGCAAUCAUUGAUGGAAAAUAGUCAGACUUGGGUUCAGAGCCUCGUGAAUUAAAAAAAGUUAGGUGGACUAAAGCGUACUCUUCAAAUUUAUAUAAAGGGCUUAGAUGCAUAAAUUUAACACUAAAGGAAGUAGAUUUUCUAUCCUCUGGAGAAGAGAUUCAGAUAUACAUCAUAAUAAAUCUAAGAACUCCAAUAUCAAUUCUAAAGAUGUUAAGAGAAUUUUUUUUUCCUUUAUUGUAGUCUUGGCAAAUUUCCUAAACCCUUUACACAAAGAACAAAAUAAAAGCAAGGCAUACAAAUGUUUUUCAACGGA